AUAAUUUUUCAUUAUUUUAUCUAUGUUUUAAAUAAUUUCAAGUAUUUUAAAUAUGAUAACAAAUAUUUAUUUUUAAAUUAAUGCUUUUCUAUUAAAUGUAUCCUCGAAAAUUUAUGGCCAUAUAAAAAAUUAAUAAUUUAUUUAACAUUUGAAUAAUCAUGCAUAUUUGAAAUUUUGAAGUAUUGUAAAUAAUGGGUAGCCCAGACCAACAAGAUAAUAGCAACAUUGAUGAUUAUGGGCAAAAUUUAAAAAUUUUACCACCAAAUGAUCAGAUUAGAGAAUUACAAACAAUAUUACGUGAUCGGAAUACAACACGAAGUGAUUUUAAAUUUUAUGCUGAUCGUUUAAUUCGUCUUGUAAUUGAGGAGAGCCUGAAUCAAUUACCGUUUAGUAAAUGUGAAGUUGUUACACCCACGGGUGCUGUAUAUGAAGGUUUGAAAUAUGGAAGUGGUAACUGUGGCGUUUCAAUUGUUCGCUCAGGCGAAGCUAUGGAACAGGGAUUACGAGAUUGUUGUCGAUCAAUACGUAUUGGGAAAAUACUUGUAGAGAGUGAUGCAGAUACGCAUGAAGCUCGCGUGGUGUAUGCACGUUUCCCUGAUGACAUUGGCCAAAGACAAGUUUUAUUAAUGUAUCCAAUUAUGUCCACUGGCAAUACCGUCCAACAGGCUGUAGCAGUAUUGAAAGAGCACGGCGUACGAGAAGAAAGUAUAAUUUUAUCAAAUUUAUUUUGUACACCUGCUGCGGCACGUAUUGUAGUUAAUUCGUUCCCAAAGAUGAAAAUAUUAACAUCCGAAUUACAUCCUGUUGCACCAAACCAUUUCGGACAAAAAUAUUUUGGUACUGAUUAGUUUAAUAUAUAUCUAAUUAAUUUAUUUUAUAACUAAAGAAUGGCACAAUUUACUUGUUUAUAUACAUCAUACUGGAUGUAUUUUUUUAAUAUUUAUAAAGUUUUAAAGUAGGAGCAAAGGAAUGCAUUGCCAAUCCUUUUUAAGAUAGUUCAAAGGACAUUUAGACAAGACCAUAUAUGUAAUACUCCUAUAUGGCUAGCCGCCGAUUUGAGCCCGUAGGUGGAGCAGUCACGGGAAGAGUAAGAUUUAAAUAUGUAACUUUUACCUAAUGUGUGAGCGCGGUAAGUAAAAAGAAAGGUUGGUAGAAAAGAAAGAUGCGCAGCAACCACUGUGUGAGAGAGAAACGAUUGUCUGCAUCGUUUGAAAUUCACCGGGUUUCCCUCUCGGCUUCCCAUAAAGGAGUAUUAUAUAUAGGGACAAGACACUCAUUUUGAUUCAAUUAUUCUGAAUAAAAAAUUUAUAAUUCUUAAACAAUAUACAAAUUAAAAAACUGAAAUUGUCUUAAACAACCUUGCAUCUAGUUAUUAGUUGUCUAUACUUUUCUCAGAAAAAAGAUCCAUUGAAACUUUCCGCAAUAGUACUUAAAAAAAUUAUGUCUUUUAAGGAAAAUUUUAGACUCUUUAAUUUAUGGAUGAAGCUUAAGAAAAUAGCCAAGUGCUUUUAUCAUUAGGUGAAAGCACGAUAUAGAGAAAAUAUAGUUAUAGGUAAGUUCUUUAAAAUACAAGAUAUUCCAAAAGUCACCGACUCAUUUUAAAAUAAAAUAACUUUCCACAAUGAAUUAAUUAUAAUAAUUUAACUUAAGAUUCUUAAGCUGUACCUACACCUGGAAGAUUUUAUGCAUAUUAAUUUAAUUUUGUUUUUAUCUGUCCAACUGCGAAUGGUUUUGUUUAACUGAAUGAAAUCAUCUGGUUGAUUAGGCGAACUGAUUAGAAAUGCAUAACCAAUAUGUAACCAUAAAAUAGCGUAGCAAUAACUGAUAAUGAAUUAUGUGGGUCUAAAUUAUGUUGCUCUUUGUAUCCUGUUUUUUCAUAUGUUUCAAUGUUAUCGGUUUGGAUUCGGUCCGUUGUAAUACUUACUUGUAACUAAUAUUUUCAACCAAAAAAGGGCUGACCAACUAAGUAGAAUACCAAACUUUUAGCUUAAAGUUAUGAAAUAAUGUUUUUGAACUAUCUUAAGAAAAAUA